AUUUUUCUCGUUAAAUGGGCUCAAGUUGAAUUUUGCAAGUUCUUAAUUACUAAAAAACUCUCAUUACUUUCGUAUAAACUUAGUGCAAUUUAGUGAUGUGGCCACAAAAUGUUGGAAUUUUAAUUUUACGUAAUUGAGGUUAUGUCGGAUUGUUUAAAACCGAUUUUCGAUGGAUGUGAUGAGGUGAUGGCCCCAAGAACGUUUUAAAACGCGUUUUGGGUCAAUUUGGUGAGGUUAUGUUUAAUUUAUUUCAUUUAUUUACUGAGUGUGCGCGUUAAAUUAUUGAUUUUCGGCGUUUUUUCGCGUUUCGAUUUCGUCUCUUGCGAAUCUGGUGAAUUCGCGAGUGAUAUUACGAAAUUGAAAUAAAAUGUUGGUGUUUCAAGUGCCGCAGUGACGACGAUGCACAAUAGUGAUUCGGCGGGCGUCGCUGAACUCCUGGAAGUGCGCGGAAAACGGGUCACCAACCCAACAAGAAGCAACGUUUUCUCGGGUUCGGGGCCCCUUCGAUUCUCGUUAAAGAGGUUAAAUGAAUCGCCGCAAUUGUUGGAGUCUAAAUCUGAAUCGAGUAUAAGUUCAAAACAUGAAAACGCUGAAGGAAAUGUUAGGUUAAAUGUGGUAAAUUUAACAAGCGAGAACUUUGCUUGCAAGAAAAUACGUGAGAUAAGAGAAGCGGAGGACGUAAAAGCGUUGAAAAAGUUGUUUGAUUCGAUUGGAAAUAUAAAUAUUGAUAAUAAUAAGAAUCGAGGGAAAGCGAGGUUAGGAAAAGUGACUUCAAUCGAUGUUGACGAGGUGUACGAGGCUUUUUACGGGCGGUAUUAUAAUCACCUGCGUGAAAUAAUCAGUAGGGAUUAAAAAGAGAAGUGCGCUAAAAAGUUUUGCGAAUGCGCUUUACGUUCAGUUGUAUAAAAAGCUUGUAAGAGACGCGCUGAAAAAUUAAAAUCAACUUCUGUGAUAUAACCGUGCCCAAAAAGAAAAUCUAAAAAAAGAAAUAAAUAAUCCUUAAAGAUAACCAAGAAGAUAAAGAAGCUAAAUCAGAAAUAAAAAAUUGUUAUUAAGCUUUGUAAGAAGAAGAGUAAUUGGAUUAAUUUGGAUUUACUAAAAAAAAACACCAAAAAAGAGAACCUCAAAUUAAUUUUUAAUUAAAAAUGGAUUGUAAAUGCAAAAAUGUUCCGAAUCACGUAAAAACGACCGAUUUAGAUCGAAAAGUAUUGAGGGAAACUUUAUAUUCGGAGAUAUUCCAGCGACAUCGAAGAUCGAUUUUCGCGCUCGGCUCGUUUUUGAGAAUGUUAAAAACGAAAAAGUCGAAUUAUAACGUGAUUAAACAGGAUAACGAGUCGGAAUAAUUAUUUUAACAUUAAUUUUCAAGGUUACAAAAAUAAAAAAGUUUUAAUUAAAUUAAAACCGCACCUUUUUUACGGUUCAAAUAGAACCGCACCUAAUUUAAUAAUAGAUAAUAACCUGGAUAACAAUAAAAUGGUACACACCUCGUUUUUGGAUAUUUGUUGGUUCCAUUUAAUGUUAAAUUUAAGUUUAUGCACUAAACAAAUUUGUAUAAAUUAAUUGGGAUGUGAAUUGAAAAUUUAAAUGAUACAUUUUUCGCGUGUUAUACACCUCGGGUUAUUAUUAUAAUCAUUGUACACUGCUUUAUGUAUAAAAAUGCUGUUUUUAAUAAAAAAGUUUUCUAAUU